UAGGCGGAAUUUGGUUUCCCCGCCUGUUUCUCCCCCCAUUUCGUAUAUUUAUAUUUUCCAGGAAUCAAAAUCAAGGGUUUCCCUAUGCAAUAAAAGGAAAUUACCAUUUGAAUUCGCGGUUGAACAUGGAGCGGUUGCGUAUCCAACAAAUGUUAGUCAUCAUCAUGGCUUACUUUUACAUUCGUUAUAUGCGACCAGGAAGUCUCAAAAGAAAAAGGAGAGAUAUGUCCGCAAUGCCUGGUCAUGAGUUCACUUGGGAACUUCUAAAUGGAAACGAUGAACAAUGUUUUUGAGUUGCUACGCAUGUCACGUGAUGCCUAUGUUAGACUAACUGCACAGUUCAGAGCAAGAAGGUGGUUAAAGGAUAGUAAGCAUAUAUCAGUUGAAGAGAAAUUGGCUAUUUAUUUGUUUAUUAUAGGUGGGAAUCAACGUUACUCUGCGGUAAAGGAUAGGUUCCAACACUCGACGGAGACAAUUAAUAAAGUUUUUUAUGAGGUGUCAGAUGCAAUGCUUGAGUUUGUUAAAGAGGUUAUAGUACCUACAUCAUUUAGUCCUAGUCUAGACAUUUCUGGAACAAAUAGGAUGUUUGAUUUGCAGAAAGUUUUCAAGGGAGCGGUUGGUGCCCUGGAUGGAAUUUUGAUACAUGCUGUUAUUCCUGCUGAUAAACAACACUUGUUUAAACGAAGUGAUAAUGGUAAAUGUUGUCAAAAUGUUUUGGCAAUUUGUGACUUCAACAUGGUUUUUACCUUUAUUUUAGCUGGUUGGGAAGGGAUAGCAGAUGAUUCACAAGUGUUGAGCACGGCUAUAUCAGAUUCAGACUUUGAAUUACUAUUUCCUCCUCCAGAUAAAUACUAUCUUUGUGAUACUGCAUUUCGACAUACCCGAGGAUUUAUGACACCGUAUCGCAAUGUAAGGUAUUCGCUUGGAGGCUACCUUGAUAGUCGCGCAACGAAUAAGAAAGAAGAGUUCAAUCAUGCUCAUGGAAAACUUAGAAAUGUUAUAGAGUGUGCCUUUGGUGUGCUGAAAGCACGUUUUCCUGUUUUGAUGAAAAUGAUAUCUGUCCCCUUUAUUAAACAGAGAGACAUUGUUAUCUCAUGUUUUGCAAUUCAUAACUUUAUACGGACUGAAAACAUAAGUGACAAGUGGUUUGCUGAAUACGAGCAAGAGAUAAUAUUUGAUGAUAAAAAUGAAUAUGAAGAUGAUGAUAAAGAUGGAGAGGACUGCGAGAGUGAACAAGAGGACGAUGAAGAAUAUGAUGAUCCUGAAGAUCAACAAUUCAUGGCCAAAUUGCGAGAAGAUCGACAAUUCAUGGUUAAUCUGCGAGAAGAAAUUGCGGGGAGAUUGAUGCAAGACAGAGAGUCAAUGCUUUAAUUUUUGGAGUUUGAUGACUAGACUCAUGUAUAUGUGCUAAAUUCAUGGUCCGAAUAUUUCUGCUUGUUUAUGCAUCUUUCUGAUUGAAUUGCACUGCAGCAUUUUACA